GGCGGGCAAGCUGCGCGGGGCAGCGGGGCAAUGACCCUGAUGGUUGUGUGACCCUUGGCCCCGGACCGGGCCUGGCGGCACGCGGGACUUUGACGUGCUCCCCCUUUGCCCGCGCACGGGGCGAUCCCGGACGGCCCCGCGCCUCCUCCUGUGGUGGCACGGGGCGGCGGGAGCCCCCGGGCGGCGGGGCUGCCCGGCGCUCGGCCAGCGGCACCGCCCGCCCCGCGUCCCCACCACGGCCCCCGGGGAGGGGCCGGCGGGCGGGCCCCGCUCCCGCCCCGCGGGGCCCGUGGGCAGGGGUGAGGGCGGCGCGGCGGGGCUGCGCCAUCCGCCGCAGUCGCCGCAUCCCGCCGGGAUGGACGGGCAGCUCCCGGGCGCCGCCGACGCAAAGAGCUUCGCCGACGAUGUGCUGCGCGUCUUCGGGGCCAACCACAGCCUGUCGGCGGGGCAGCUCUCGGCGCUGCUGCAGCGCCUGGGAGCCGCGCCCGCCCUGGGCUCGGCGCUGCCGCUCGCCCACCUGCACCACAACCAGGUACCGGCACCGCGGGGGCUCCGCCGCCACCGCCGGGCUGGGCGCGGCGCGGAGCCAGCGCCGGGCCGGCUGGGCAGCUCCGUGGUGUCCUGAGUCUCGCCGCCCUUGUUGCUUGACUAGUGAAGAAAUCUUUUCUUUGCAUGGGAUACCGAACAACAGUCACAUAUCAAAUUCCAGCUUCUCUACAAUAUGUCCUGCAGUUUUGCAACAGCUAAUUUUUCACCCAUGUGAUCAUCAGGAAAGCUUUGUGGACACAUCUAAACCACAUUCUUUGCAAGUUUGGGGAUUUGGGUUCCUGGCUGUGUCUGUCAUUAACUUGGCAUCACUUCUGGGAUUGAUUUUAACUCCUCUCUUAAAGAAGUCAUAUUUCCCCAAGGUUUUAACUUACUUUGUGGGCUUGGCCAUUGGUACUCUCUUUUCAAAUGCAAUUUUCCAGCUCAUUCCAGAGGCAUUUGGGUUUGACCCAAAAGUAGAUAACUAUGUUGAGAAAGCUGUUGCUGUAUUUGGGGGAUUCUAUAUUCUCUUCUUUGUGGAAAGGAUGCUUAAAGUGAUACUAAAGCUCUACAACAAGACUGGCCAUAAUUACUUUGAAAAUGGAGAGGACAAUCAUUCUCAGGGUAAGACUAACUUACCCAAACCACCAUCAUCCAGCAAUGGGGGCGCAUGUUACGCAAAUUCAGCUGUCAUAGAGAGCAAUGGAAAUCUUGGUUUUGACAGCAUCAGUGUGGUCUCAGCACAGGAGGAAGCCACCCAAAGCAGCUUAUGCAAGUGUCUUAAGGGGCGUCCGCUGUCAAAGAUUGGGACCAUUGCUUGGAUGGUGACAAUAAGUGAUGCUGUACAUAAUUUCAUAGAUGGCUUGGCUAUUGGGGCUUCCUUCACUUUGUCUCUGCUUCAAGGGCUUAGUACCUCCAUAGCCAUCUUGUGUGAAGAGUUUCCUCAUGAACUGGGGGAUUUUGUCAUCUUGCUUAAUGCAGGAAUGAGUACUCGGCAGGCUCUGUUUUUCAAUUUCCUGUCUGCAUGUUCCUGUUACAUUGGGCUGGCCUUUGGAAUAUUAGUAGGCAACAACUUUGCUCCUAACUUCAUCUUUGCUAUAGCUGGUGGAAUGUUCCUGUACAUCUCUCUGGCAGAUAUGUUCCCAGAGAUGAAUGAUAUGCUGCGGGAGAAAGUGACAGGAAGAAAGACGGAUCUUACAUUCUUUCUUAUUCAGAAUGCUGGUUUACUAACGGGGUUUACUGCUAUCCUGAUGAUUACCUUGUAUGCAGAAAAUAUCGAGCUGUGAAAGCGGAAUCAGGAUUGGAGACAUCAAGUAAAACUGCAAAUGGAAGACACUUGAAAACCAUACAGGGACAUUAAUUUAAUGUACUCGGUCUGGAAAUGGUGGCAAGGCCCAUCCCACCCCUCUUGCCCCAAAUACAGGAAAUUCUUCUUUAGGACUUGCAGUUGAACCAAAUAGUAGGAGCUGUCAGCUGCUGUAUCAUGAAAAAAAAAAAAAAGGUUAUAUUUUUAUUUCUACUUAAAAUUUUCAGACAGAUCUGAACUGUCACAGAGGAAGGGUGUUACUUGGCCAGUAGAAUUAUGCAAUACAUGCAACUACAUGCAACUCCAGACCAACUGAAAGCUGAGGUCUCUAAGGAAGAUGUGUAUUUAAAAGAAAAUAAUGCAGUUUCAUAUCUUUUUCUUUAACUGUGAUGAAGGCGAGCAGUUUCAAAACUGAUUAAUCUUUACAACUUUUGUUGCAGGAUUUGUCUGUGUAACAUCUUCAUUCCCCACCAAAAAAAAAAAGAAAAAAAAAAUUUAAACCAUUUCAGAGUAGGUACUAAUGAAGCUAAGAUUUUUAAUUGCUAAUUAACACUGGAAGGAAAGACACCAGUUCCUGCUUUUGAUCUUUUCUCUUUAGAAGUGCACUAGGAAAUUGUUGAUUUAUUUUGAGAACCACUUUUUUAAAUUAGAGGGAACCUGUGUUAAAUUUAUGAAUGUUUAUCAACUUCAUAGUAUUUUAGAAAGAUUGAGUACUUUAAAAAUGUUCAAGUAUUGUUUAUUCUAUGAAAAUAAUAAAGUUUUAUACUGAAGUUUCACAUAUAUCCCCAUUAAAAAUCAGGUUUUUAGUCUUACAAAGGUGAAUUUAGAAAAAACCUGCUAAAAUCAACAUUUCUGUAUGCUUUCUUCAUAAUUUGAAUGAUUUCUUUGUGUGCAGUUGGGUGGAAUGAAAUGAUAAUUAAAUAUACAAAUUCUUACCACAA